UCGAGAGCGAACGGAGCUCGAGUGUGCGAGUUGAGCGCGACAUCCUCGGGGAUGUCUACGUCGGAUUGACGAGUACCGCGCGGGUAGUGAGAUCCUACUUCACCCGAGUGAAGAGUGCGAGUGCCGGUACAAGUCGACCCGAGUGCGCGAGGAAGAACCAGUGGAUUCAACGGUCGAGCGGACCACAAGGACAACCAAGGGUGGAUCUGGACCAGGAGAAGAUCUCGACAUCGUGCGAAUCCAUAAAGACUAAAGAAAACAUCAGCCAUGCGAGAGAAAUACAAAUACCUCGUCCAAUUGGAUUGCUCUUGAAAAAGCCAAUCACAAUGGAAACAUUUCCAUGGACGAAGGAAUUUCAGGGUCUGUGCAAGUCGAGUCUGACUCCGACUCGCUCGACGACCUUAAUAAUGCUGAUGACGUUUUUGCUUAGUAAUGCUAGAAAAGGUUUAGAGCUGUGUUACAAGAAAUCUUUACGAGCUGCGAAAUUGAAGGAAAUAAUUAAAGAAGCAUUACCCUUCUUUACUUACCUUCGCCGUUUCGAGAAUUCUGAGGAUAAAAAGCAGGCACAAUAUUUUGAAACGAUGUCUGACUUAUUGGCUAUUUAUGUGGACCUGGAGUUGAUUUCGUCAAAAAGAGACGUGCAGCCACAAACCGAAAGCAUUUCGAAUAGAAUUUCUAGUUAUAUCAUAUUAAAUCUCGAAAAUUUAACAGAGUAUAUGCUCGAAACUUUAAUGAAAGUAAGCCUGAUAAGCGAGUCCUACAACAAUAUACUGGAUCCAGUUUUCAUGAGAAUCUUCACUCGGAUCCCCGCGAACCCGGAAACCGAGCUCAUGUUCGUGCGCUAUCUGCUCGUGUUCAAGCUCUGGAAGCGCAUGAAGAGCAACAUCAACGAUCGGGCGAAGAUCCAGAGCGCCGCGAUGCGCUCGCUCGGUCCCGCGCUGCCCGAGGCUCUGCCCAAGUCGAUCGUCGAGCGCGUCCUGCCCCAGUCCUCCGAUCCGAGGAUGACCAAGUCGUAUCUGCGCGCGCCGAUCGACUUUCGCAAGGCCUGCGCCGAAUUUCUCGAUUACGUACGGGAGAAGAGGUCGGCCAGGAGAAAGAACGCGGCGGCGGUGGUCGUGGACAAAGAGAGAAAUUCAAGGCUGAAUUGUUCUAACGUCAUAGAAGAUGUGACAAACAAAGUAGAUCGUGUAAAUAGCUCUUUAAAUAAAAUUAAUAAGUUAGAUAGUACGCUCGAGUCAAAAAUCGAUCCCCGCGCGAAUCACAAUAACAAUAACAAUGUCGGUACGCCCAAGCAAAUUACCAAUAACAAUAUCAAUAGUAAAAAAGUCAAGAACAACGAUAUUCUAAUCGAUUUGACUGACGACGACAUCACGAAAGUCAUCAAGCUGUCGAAGCGAAAAAAAAUCGGCUGGCUCGAAGACGUAAAGAAACACACCGAGAUGAGUGCCAACGGCAGCAACAAAAUUACACUUUCAGCGAAGCCGAAGAGAGAAGACGCAUUCGCGAGCAACUUCACGAAGAUCACGAUAACCCCGGAAAUUCAUUACGAUCGCAAGGCGUUCGCGGCCAGUCCCCCGGUGAGAUGCGCAAAGGCCGACGCGACCAACGACGAGUCGACUUUUGAAUCCGUCGAUAUAUCGGAGGUAAAGGACAAAAAGCCCGAGGUAUCGACGACGACAACGACGGCCGACGACAAAGCUGCAGCGGCGGUGGCGGCGUCAAUGGAGCAAGAAAAAACAACAACAACGACGACGCAGCAGAGUCAGACAGCGGUCGUUCAACCUCGCUUGAUCGUGAGUACGCCUACGACACAGGGACAGAACAAGAAGAGGAAGUCCGACCCAAUUAUUGCGCCGGCCUGUGUAGAGCGUAAUAAUAUGUCGGAAAAGGAAGAAAAGCCUGUUUCCAAAGCUCUACCUCGUCCAUUGGUCGAUAAUAAUAUAUUUGAAAAAGACGAAGUUAUAUUGCCUGCUCCUUUGACGAACGGUAUAUCGGAGAAGGAAAACAAACCUAUCAUCGAAGUCUCGAAGUCCGUUUUGGUCGUUAACAAAUCCAAAAAGGACGACCAUCCCGUUCCUACGGUUUUAAAAUCACCCGUCGCAAAGCCGAACGAAAAAAUCGACACCGAAGCCUUCAACAAAUCUUCGGUGAUCAUCGAUCCAUUGAUACAAAAGGACAAGAUGGACGUCGACGUCGUCCCACCGCCCUGCCGAGAAUAUCAGCAUCACAAGUCGUCUCAGAUACGCGACAGUAUUCUAGUAUCGACCAAAAAUCUACAAGACGGCGUUGCAAAAGUUGCGAAACAAAUCAGUGCCUUGCGCGAUGCUGAUCAUAAUAAAAAAGUUCCGAAGAAGCAAGAGGUCGAAGAAAAGUCGGCGCCAGCAAUUAACAAUAAAGUAUUAUCGGAUACCGAUCAUGUGUUCACUGAAAUCAAUAAGUCUCUCGGUCGCGAAAAAUCCAUCGCGGACGCGAAAGACGAGAAAACGGUACGAACCAAGCUGGACUUUGGCUCGAAGGUGAUACGCGUGGCGAGCGAAGAAUCGCUGCGCGAAUCGAAAUCGAGCCCCGUAAAGAUCAAGUCACCGCUGGCGAUGGAUUUUAAUGAUAAAAUCGACGAGCCCUUAAUGGACGCCGAGAAGUACGCGGACAUCGUUCAGGCCAACGACAUCGACGGGCUCACGCUACUCGCCACGAUCUCGGCGAGGCACGUCAAGGUCAAGUCGGAGCUUGAAAGCGCUGCGGCCGAGUAUCUCAACGAGAAAAUGAUGAAGCUCGAGGCCGACACCAAUCCGAGGCUGCACCAGGAGGCUGCGUACGGUCACGAGUUCAAGUUCGAUCCCGCGUCCAUCGACGGCAGCAACGAGCACCCCAACGUCAUCCUCAACGGCGAGACCGUCCGCCUCUUCCAGAAGUCACCCAACAGCAAUCUCUACAUCAUCAACAAGGCCGAGAUGGAGGAGAUCAAGUUCAACUAUCAGAACAGCGCGCAGCAAUUGCAGCAGCAGAUCAAGACCGAGUUCAAGCCCGACCCGGAGACGGCUUAUCUGCACGGCCGAGACGUCGUCGCGGAGAAGAAGCAGAAGAGCGUCGUCGUCGUGUCCCAGACGCCGCCCCCGCCCGAGCCCUACGAUCAUCAUCGCUAUCCGAGCUAUCUGCCGCCGAAUCCGUACUGCGCCUUCGCGCACGUGAGGGGCGCCCAUCUGCACGACUGUCACUGCGCCCUGUUUCGCGCGGUGCCGGCGUACUACGUGCCGCCGACCGGAGCCCCAGCCACGUCAAAUAUUGUACAAAGCGAUAUGGCCGUCCACGAGUGUUCGAACAGUAGUAGUGGUGGAAAGAGGAAGAGAGACGAGAGCCAGGAACAACUGGAAAAAAUUAUGGGUAGCGCCGUGGAGCAGAUGCAAAAAGAGCAGCAGCAGCAGCAGCAGCAGCAGCAGAUCAAGAAGGUAAAAGUAGUCAGGUCCAGUGGUUCGAGCAGUUCCAGCUGUAGAUUGCCGAUAAAGAAGCGCUACAUGGCCGAGCAGAAGCUGCAGGAGGAGGAGUACAAUCAGCAUCGUCGAACACCGGUGCCGCUCGCGGUCGAGUCGGUCUCUCCGCGAAUGCUGCUCGACGACUGCCGCGACGAUUCCGACAUUUUCAACUUCGCGGCGGCGAGCUUGGCGAUGCACGAGAAGCCACCGCAAUCGCCGUCGGUGAUGUUGUUGGACCUCGGGGCUACCGUGGAAGUCACGUCGAGCACGGAGUCGCCUACUACGGCUGCUGCGGCUGCUCCUCCGCAGCGUGGCAGGGGUCGACCCAGUGGUAGUGGCAGUAGCGGUGUCCCCGCGUCGCGCAAACGAAAAUCGAAUGCCAACGAUAACGUCGGAGUCAUCGUCGAGAAGAAAGCGGCCAAGAAAACGAUCGUCACCAACGGCAACAGCAGCAGCAGCAGCAGCAGCAGCAACAACAACAGUAACAGCAGCAACUCGAAGAAAGCGCCCAGGGCGUCCAAGCGAGCCGUGCCCGUGGUCAAUUACACGCAGCUGCAGUCCGACGAUCAGGCCUCGCCGGCGUCGAAGCGCAAGCGCAAGAAAAACGCGCGAUGAUCGGCCGCGUUCCCGAGGAUUUUUUCGCCGUCGGAUCCCGGCGUGACGUCACUGAAGCUCAAUCCCAAAGACAUUGAAGAUUACGAAGACGAGGACGAAGAAGAAGAAGAAGAUCGGUUGUACGCUCUGAGAGUCGCCGCGGCCGAGCUUCCGUUAACCGUAGUAAACUCGAAUAAUGAUAAGUCGCGAAUCAUUGCAGGUCAAAUCAAUACGUUAAGAUAUUUUGCCAAUAAAUUCGUUGCUCCCUGCUUGGGUAUUUCAUGAAUAAUUUUUUGAGAUGAACUAACUAACACGAUUUUAACGAAUUCAUUUCGAUUAUUAUAUUCUACUAACGUCGUCUGAAGUUUUUUUACGAUUUAAGAUUUAAUAAUAAGGUGAGAAAAAGUAUCCUAACAUUGCUAUUAAUACUCAGGAGACAGAUUUAGUUUUUUUAUUCGAUUUUAUUUUUCUACUCGAAUGUAUAUUUUUUUAAUGACGUGAUGUAGAAUCGUCAACGUUUUUAAUAUAAAAUCUUGACUCUAUUAUGUUAUAAUUGCCAAUUAUAACGAACUAUUUUUAUACAAAAAUUAUUCACACGAACUUGUGAAUAUAUUUUUUUCGAUUAUAAAUAAAUAUCGAGAAACUAAUUGAAAGACAUAAUUCAAGUUCAUUCGAUGCAUAACUUGCAUAACUUUAAUAACUAUAUUAAAUUUUCAUUUCAGGUAAUCCGAGCUCGACAAAUUCAGCCUGGUUGAAAUAGCAUUAAUUAUUUUCUUACAAUUAAUUUGCAAUCGGCAGAGAGUCAUUCUCAAAAAGGUAUUGAAAAAAAAACAUUCCAGUUGGCCAACGGAAUUGUUUUUGAAAAAUUCCACCGAGCAUGAUACGAAAUAUCAUGGUCCGCGUCAGAGAGGUGGAGGUUUCGAAUUGAAACAUUUUAAUUAUCGACUGCUCGGUACCAUACUUUGUUUCUAUAAGAUAAGCUUUAAAGACCCCCCCGAGAUAAAAAAUUUUUUACAUAAAAUCGAGGAACAAAAAGUUCGAAACUUUUUUCUUCGUGCAACGACACGAUUUUAUUUGAAAAAAACUCGCCUUGCUUCGAACAGCGAUUGCAUUGAUAUUUGUAGUUAAAAAGAAGUAAUUAUUAAUUCUAGCGAGAGUUUAACAUAAAUUCAUCUGAGCCUUAAUAUCUGCAUAUCCUUUCCCUAUUAAGAAAAUUAAAAAAAAUUAUCGAAAUGAUCGCUGCUCGAAGUUCUUGAUGGACAUUUCUUUAAUAAAAAUAAACUCAAGACUUAAAAAACAAUUAAAGCUAGUCAAAACGACGUGAACUCGUCACACCAAUGAGUCCAAGUGUUCAAGUAUUGUUUACCCACCCUUUAAAAAGUCAUACAAUUGACCACUUUAGUUACUUACGUUUUUAGUGAACGAAAAAGUACUUGAUGUACUUAAUUUUUAAAUUAUUAGAAUCUCGUUUUAAAAGUACUUAAAUAAAAAAAUCGCAAAAUAUAGUGUGUGUUCAACGACCAUAAACUAUUCACAUUUAACGGCGAAUGUGCCAAUAGAUCAUUUUUAAAUAAAUCAGUUGAAUCGUCGAUUCAAUGGUUCAUAGAUACUUAUAACCAAAAAAAAGUAAAAAUGUUUGUAAGUCCGUGACAUUCUAAACUCAUAUAAAGUUAUAAAGAUUCUCAAUGCGUUAUCUAAAAUAAACAUUACGGCUAUAAAAAAUUUAAUUUCCGAAAAAUUCGGUAAUGCCGAAUUUCUAGAGUUUAAAUCUUGGAUUCUUUACAAAAAAAAUCCAUAGUUCGAUCCGUCAAGUGGCCAAACACACAUAAUUGAAUGUUUGUAGUUUUGUAUCGAAGCAGCUCUUUACUCUAAAAAGUAGUAUUCAAAAGAAAAUAAAGUAAUUAAAAGAUGCUUAUGGUAUAAAUGUUGCAUUCCACAUAAUUAUAGACAAAAAAAUUAAAUUAAAUAAAUAAAAUAAAAAUGAAAACGAAAAAGCAUGUAGUUGUUCCUGUUAUCUCCGUCGAAAGGCUAAACGUUUACUUCAAUGUUUGUCAUCUUUUACAAAAAAAAAGUAACACAUACACAUUGUAAAUUGUAGUCUUCUCGAGUGAAAGACUGAUAAUACUUAAGUCAAUUUGUGAAUAUUGAAUACUCAAAAAAAAUUGUAUAUUUUUUUCUCGCUGUAAGUAUAUAUUGUUUCGUGUAAAUAUUUGUAAUUUAUAAUUUGUUAUCAUCCUCCUUACAUAGGUGUAAAUGUUAAAUCAAAAAAUAAAAAAUGAAGAAAAGAAAUAUUUGUACAGACUA